GAGCACGGUACCAGUCCGAGCCCCCUUUAAUUUCCCAUCACUCCCCGCGUCCUCAAGCCCCGCCCCUAGGCCCCCAGCCCCGCCCCGAAGCUUGAGGGGUGUGGAUGGUUUGUGACCCCUUCACCUGCCUGACCCUACCCCACAGAGACUGGGACAUCUGGGUUUGGGCAUGUUAGUCGGAACCAGGCAGCCCUUCGACUCGGGUGGAUCCAUGGACCCCACUUCGGCGCCGCAGGAAUAGGACCGCCUCGACGCGGAGGCUUCGGCUCAGAAAGCUGGGUCGGGGACCCCUCCUCACUGCGCGGUCAGGGUGGUUCACAGGCUGAGGAAAGAGCAAAGGCGUCUGAGGCUGGAGACCUGGGGUCCUGCGCGGCCCCUCUCCACGAGAGUUCCCUGUCUGUGCCAGCUGUUAUCGUCUCUUUGCCGCGGUUUCCUUUUCCGUAAAUCACGGUUAAUGACAUUAACCUCCUUAUUCUCAGGAGUUAGUUGUGAGUGAUAAAUAAUUGCUCCCAUUUGUUUAGUGAACAGUUGCAAUGUGCCAGGCACUGUGCUAAGUAUUUUGCUUCGAUGAUUUCACAUCUUCAGAACAACCUUAUGAGCGUGGACCCGGUCAGCAGCCAGGCCAUGGAGCUCUCUGAUGUCACCCUUAUUGAGGGCGUGGGUAAUGAGGUGAUGGUGGUGGCAGGUGUGGUGGUGCUGAUUCUAGCCUUGGUCCUAGCUUGGCUCUCUACCUACGUGGCAGACAGUGGUAGCAACCAGCUCCUGGGCACUAUUGUGUCAGCAGGUGACACAUCUGUUCUCCACCUGGGGCAUGUGGACCACCUUGUGGCAGCCCAAGGCACCCCAGAGCCAACUGAACUUCCCCACCCAUCAGAGGGUAAUGAUGAGAAGACUGAAGAGGCUGGUGAAGGUGGUGGAGACCCCACAGGGGAACCUGGAGCUGGGGGUGGUGUUGAGCCCAGCCUUGAGCAUCUCCUUGACAUCCAAGGCCUGCCCAAAAGACAGACAGGUGCAGAGAGCGACAGUCCAGAGGCCCCUCCAAGAUCUGAGGAUAGCACCUGCCUCCCUCCCAGCCCCGGCCUGAUCAACGUGCGGCUCAAAUUCCUCAAUGACACCGAGGAGCUGGCUGUGGCCAGGCCAGAGGAUACUGUGGGUGCCCUGAAGAGCAAAUAUUUCCCAGGACAAGAGAGCCGAAUGAAACUGAUCUACCAGGGCCGCCUGCUGCAGGACCCAGCCCGCACGCUGCGUUCCCUGAACAUUACCGACAACUGUGUGAUUCACUGCCACCGCUCACCCCCUGGGGCAGCUGUUCCAGGUCCCUCAGCCUCCCUGGCCCCCUCAGCCACUGAGCCACCCAGCCUCGGCGUCAGCGUGGGCAGCCUCAUGGUGCCAGUGUUUGUGGUGCUGUUGGGUGUGGUUUGGUACUUCCGGAUCAAUUACCGCCAGUUUUUCACAGCACCUGCAACUGUCUCCCUGGUGGGGGUCACUGUCUUCUUCAGCUUCCUAGUUUUUGGGAUGUAUGGACGAUAAGGACAUAGGAAGAAAAUGAAAGGCAUGGUCUUCUUCCUUUAUGGCCUCCCCACUUUCCUGGCCAGAGCUGGGCCCAGGAACCUAGGAGGGAGGGGUGGAAAGGAUGUGAUGAGGGCCCCCUCCAUAGGACACAGGAGGCAGGUAUGGGGCUUCCUCUUCAUGUCCACUGGGGUAGACAUCCCCUCUGUGCAAGCACAACUCAGGUAGAAGUGGAUCGCAUUUCUUCACUAGUCCCUAGGGCAUUACGAGCUGGCUAAGCUCAGUGGGGAGCCUGGGCUCUGAGGAGUCCCUCCCAACUGUGGCCCUAGGUUUCCCCAGUGUCCUGCAUGUCUGCCCAUCACCCUGUGUUGCCUGUCAGGACAGCUCAGCAUGGCCCCAGCACACUUCUGUAGGGAGCCUGGAGCAUCCUUGGGCUCCUUAGU